CAGAAGCUUCACACCCCCUCGCCCCCGUGGGAACACAGCCGUUGUGGAGGUGGAGCCAGGACUGGAACCAGGAUCAGUGUUCAGAUAGACUCGAAAAUCUGGACUUUAAAUUCUUAUGUAUCUCCCAAAACCUCCUCCAACACUGACCAAGGCAACUACAUUGAAGCAAAUGAUUUGAUCACUCAGAUACCCUCUAAAGUGCAGAUACAAGAUAUUACUAAGGAGCUACACUGUCUACUGUGUAAUGACUGGUUCCGGGAUCCACUUAUGCUAACCUGUGGCCACAACUUCUGCCAGGCCUGUAUUCAAAACUUUUGGAAGCAGCAAACAAAGGAAACAUUCUGUCCGAAGUGUAAGAUGAUGUGUCAAUAUGCCAAUUGUGCAUUCAACCUUGUCCUGGAGAGGCUGGUAGACAAGAUUAAGGAUCUACCCUUACUCAAGGGCCAUCCACAGUGCCCAGAACACGGAGAGAACCUGAAGUUGUUCAGUAAGCCGGAAGGGAAGCUGAUCUGCUUUCAAUGCAAAGAUGCUCGGUUGUCUGUAGGGCAGUCUAAAGAGUUCCUGCAGAUCUCUGAUGCUGUCCAUUUCUUCACGUUGUGUGAGUAUUGUUGGUGUGGGCCCCCAUCCCCAAGAGCUAGUCUCAGGAAUUACCCUGGUGAUGAUCAUGGAGAUUUCCAGGACAACAAGCUACAUCUGCAGCAGCACAUCUCCAUGGAGUUUCUAAAGCUGCAUCAAUUUCUGCAUGGCAAAGAAAAGGACAUUUUAAAUGAGCUUCGGGAAGAGGGGAAAGUCUUGAAUGAGGAAAUGGAGCUGAAUCUGAACCAGCUUCAGGAACAGUAUCUCCUAGUCAAGGAGAUGUUGGUGAGCAUCCAGGCACGGAUGGAAGAGCAGAACUCCUUCAACUUUCUCAAAGACAUCACACCUUUCUUAGAUAGCUUGGAGAAAGGAAUAAAAGUGCUGACACCCAGAGAGCUUAUCUCCAGAAACCUGAACUUGGGCCUGUACAAAGGUCCCAUUCAGUACAUGAUGUGGAGGGAAAUGCAGUCCAUUAUCUCUCCAGGCUUAUUUCCAUUAACUCUGGACCCUAAAACCGCGCACCCAAAUUUGGUGCUGUCCAAAACCCGAACCAGUGUGUGGCAUGGUGACAUUAAGCAGGUAAUGCCCGAUGAUCCAGAGAGGUUUGACUCAAGUGUGGCUGUGCUGGGCUCAAAAGGCUUCACAUCUGGAAAAUGGUACUGGGAAGUAGAAGUAGCAAAGAAGACAAAGUGGACAGUUGGCGUUGUCAGAGAAUCCAUCAUUCGGAAAGGCAGCUGUCCUCUAACUCCUGAGCAAGGAUUCUGGCUUUUAAGACUAAGGAACCAAAAUGAUCUAAAGGCUCUGGAUUUGCCUUCUUGCAGUCUGAAGCUGACUAACGACCUUGACAAGGUGGGCAUAUACUUAGAUUAUGAAGGAGGGCAGGUGUCCUUCUACAAUGCUAAAACCAUGACCCACAUUUACACCUUCAUUAGUACUUUCACGGAGAAACUUUGUUCCUACUUCUGCCCUUGCCUUAAUGACGGUGGGGAGAAUAAAGAACCACUGCAUAUCGUGCAGCCACAGUAAUUAGUCGUACUAUUGUAUAAAUUCAGAGCAUUAUUAAAGAAGUAUUGAAAUAGUUUACCAGUCUCACUGGUUUCUCUUCCCAAUUUAAUAAUGAAUACUGAAAAAAAGGAUUCACAAAUUAAAUUCCAUCCUCAGUGGCCUAAGUGGAUUUCACCGGAGUCCUUCAAGAUAUUCUAAUUCACUAGGGGCUUCUGUAACACAGGAGCCUCUCUCAUGAGAGAGAUAAUCAUGCUAUUGUUACUGAAGCAAACUGCAACUUGAGUUUGUGAUGCUUGGGUACCCUUUUCAAAUGUGCCCAGAAAUUCUAUUAUGCUGUCAUUAGUCUAGCAUAAUGACUCUGUAUUAGAUGAAUUUUCAGAAGUAUACUCUUCUUCCUAUUUAAUUUUCUUUAAAAAAUCCUCACCUGAGGAUAUUCUUUUAAAAUAUAUUUUUAUUGAUUUCAGAGAGGAAGGGAGAGGGUGAGAGAGAUAGAAACAUCAAUGAUGAGAGAGAACCAAUUGGCCCACACUGGGGGGUGGAGCCCACAACCCAGGCCUGUGCCCUUGACCAGAAUCCAACCUGGGACCCUUUAGUCCACAGGCCAAUGCUCUAUCCACUGAGCCAAACCAGCUAGGGAUGAGGAUACGUUUUUCAUUGAUUCUAGAGAGAAAAGAAGAGAGAGGGGGAAAGAGAGAGAGAAAGUGUUGGUGUGAGAAACAUGGAUUGAUUGCCUCUCAUACAUGCCCCAACCAGGGAUUGAAUCCACAACCUGGGUAUGAGCCUGAUCAGGAAUCAAACCCAUGACACUUCACUGCAUGGGAUGAUGCUAUAACCAUCUGAGCCAUACCAGCCAGGGCUUAAUUUUCUUUUACUAUAACUUUUGCAACACAUUUCUUUUCUAGAACUUGUUACUGUAAUUUUUAAAAACUGCUCCAGAGAUUUAAAGAAGAAAAAAAAAAAGAAAAAAGUCUGGGCCAAUUUAUAAUCUUGUCUUAAAUUAUCUCAAGAUACUUUUUAGUCCAGUGAAUCUCUGACUCUUUUUCAGGCCCUUUUCUUGCUUUAUCU